AUGCCAAAAUUAGCGUCCGAAUUCGGGAACAUCGAGUUCCCCUGCAAGGAAAGGAUUACAGAGGAGGAGAAAAAGAGGCGGACGGCGCUGCCGCCGCCAGGUUUGGCUGAAGAAGAUGGCUUGCUGCUGCUGAACCCCCAACUCGAACGGGCCCAAAGCUCGCCUGGUGAAGGCAGGGGUCGGCUGAUGGGACGGUCGGGCCAGGCUUCCAGGCGGCAAACUGUUUCAACGCUGCACAAACAAAACUUCGACCUAAAACUCGAACUAUAUCACCGCCGAGAACGCCAAACGACCCUGGAGGAGAAGGUGGAACAGCUUGCCUCUGAAAAGGAGCAGUUGGAGGAAGUCAACGACAGACUGCUGGAGGAGCUGGAAAAACGGGACAAGGCUGUGCAAGAGGCUGUUCAGAUGAUUGUGCUUCUCGAGGCUCGGGUCGAGAAGCUCGUGGAAGAAAGAGAAAUGGUGCGCCAGGUCGAGACGGCAGGCUACCUAGCCAAGAUGGACGCCUCCCUCGACGCUCCCGACUCCCAAGCCUCGCACUGCCGAUCUCACCCGGCUCGAGGAGGACGUCAGGAAGCUCAGUCGUAUGCCCGAGUUUUGUGUCUGAAAGCACAGAAACAACAGCAAACCUACGCAACGUCUACCUCGCAUCGACGCCGCGAUCACGAACCGUCACGCCCAGCCCGUGGCCCACGCUCCGGCUCCUUUUCGCGAAGCGGAUCUGGUCAGUACCAAUCCAUAACCGACGUCAUCGAGCAGAGCUCUCCUCUGCAGAGGCUGGAACGCCUGGAAGGGUACGCCUCGAACGGUGCGUCUCCGUCGACUGACAAGGUGGCCCGCACACGAUCCCAAUCGCAAAGCAAGACAAAACAAGAGAAACGUGAGGCCUUGCGGAGAGUCAUGACUGAUGCCCCUUCCCCGAACGGGCGCUCUCAUUUCGACCAGGCUCUUCCACCCACACCAGAUACCAUUUCGACCUCGACCCUGCGCCGUUUCAAGAACUCUAGCGGCGACACCCUGGUGCAGCAACCAAACACAACAACAAACGAGCGCAGCUUUCUUGCUUCGUCAUCGCAGAGGGCAGGAGAGAAACCAGAGCCAGUGGCUGAGCAUAAUGGUGGAGCGCCGAUUAUGCCUCCUUCAGCUACGACAACACGCUAUGAAGCAGACUUUGCUCAUCAUGGGCACGGGCGGCCGCUCAAGCCUCAGCCCCGCCCUAGAUCCGCGGACGAAUCGACCAUCUCCCACAGGAGGAGUAAAGCUUGGCUGCAGGAAAAUGGCGAUGAAGACGACAAUGCGUCCAUCAUGUCCCUCGAGUCGAGCCUUGAUAUUUGGAUGCAACAAGGGAAGGAGCCCAAACAAGUCGGGCGGACAUCCCCAGAUCUUUUCGGCUUUCCAACCAAGACUGGCGGCUGGGAGACGGACGCCAUGUUUGGACCGGGAGCAUCGUACGGCGGCGGAGGCGCACCUCUCUCGUGGCCGGAUCCCCUCGAGGACCUCGUGCCUAUUCAGCAGGCGCUCUUUGGGGGUCCCGGCGCACCGCCACCACCUAAUAGGAGGUCGAGUCUGCAUGCUAGGACAGGAUCUGCUUCGACUUCACGACACCCCGAGCCUGUCAUGGGCAAGCUGCGCAAGUCGUUCGGCCGACGACGUGAUAGCACCGACAGUCAGAUGCAGGCGAAUGAGGCUGGGCCACAUACGCCGCAGCAAACGAGUGAAAAGCAAGGGCAGGGACAAGGCCGCGGUCCAUAUCCACCAUUCACGCGGCCGGCCACAGCAACGCCUCGCGAUGGCAGGAUGAAAACGCUUUGGAGACGGUCUCUCGGUGGUACUGGGUCCGCGCCACCACCCAACGCGUCGGAUCUGGUGCCUGAACCUGCAGUAUCCACGACGCCUACGGGGAGGCAGUCCAUCAACAACGGUGUUGGCACUCCAUCCUGGGUUCAUCGGGCCCAUAUGAUUGAUGAUGACACACGCGCUCUCGGCGCAACGCCGCCACCUAUUCAGCGCCAACCACGACGAGGCAGUAUGGUCGAGCACGAGGGUGCGCCGGUCUUCGACCGCGGUCCUUCAACGCCGACCAUGUCAGUGGCGCCCAGCCUGCCGUCUACCCCGAGCGGCAAGGGCCCAACGACGAGUGAUUCAGCCCUGGCUGGAGCUCCAGGGCCCGGAGGAGGAGGAGGAGGAGGAGCAGGAGCAGGAGGGGAGUUCCUCUAG